UUGGGUGGGGGGGGGGGGUGAUGAUUUCCCAGACAAAGCCAACAUAUUAUACAUAUUUUCUUGUAUUUUUUUUUUCAACAGAGGAUGUUGUGAAGAAGCUUAGAACAAGGCCUUUCUCAAUUUCCACCGACGGUAGUAGCGACAGAGGAGCACAGGAACAAUUAUACCCCAUCAUUGUCCGUUAUUACGACGAUGAGCAUGUUGUCAGCUCUCUUCUUGAGAUAUCAUCAACUAAGGAACGUUCGACUGGAAAAAACAUUUUUCUGUUAUUGGACAAAGCACUGAAAGAGUACUCCAUCCCUUGGAGUAAUGUUAUUGGCUACUCGGCUGAUAAUGCUUCCGUAAUGAUGGGUCAGGUCUCAGGUGUAGCAGCGUUCAUUCAGAAAUUUAAUCCAGAUACCUUCAUCAACGGGUGCCUCUGCCACCGCUUGCAUCUUGCAGGAGAGAAGGGUGCCAAGGAGCUUGCCUUCUGUCCAGGAGAUCUGUUGAUCAAGAUCUACUACUACUUGGAAAAGUCAAGUAAGCGGAACAAGGAAUUCAGAGAAACUCAACGAAGCUUGCAUGUGGCUGAUCAUGUCAUCUUGAAGUACAUCUGCACAAGAUGGUUGAGUUUGGAGGCAUCACUUGGGAGAUUACUUGAACAGUGGGAACCAUUGUUGGUGUACUUCAGAGAAGAAGCACAGACAAGGUGUCCUAGCGCUGCACCAGCCAAGAAGUCAGUAACCAGCACUACCAAGCAGCCAUCAAGUAGUGUCAAGUCAACCACCAGUACUACCAAGCAAGCAUCAAGUAGUGUCAAGUCAACAACCAGCACUACCAAGCAACCAUCAAGUAGUGUCAAGUCAACAACCAGCACUACCAAGCAACCAUCAAGUAGUGUCAAGUCAACAACCAGCACUACCAAGCAACCAUCAAGUAGUGUCAAGUCAACCACCAGUACUACCAAGCAAGCAUCAAGUAGUGUUAAGUCAACCACCAGUACUACCAAGCAGCCAUCAAGUAGUGUCAAGUCAACAACCAGCACUACCAAGCAACCAUCAAGUAGUAUCAAGUCAACCUCUAGUACUACCAAGCAGCCAUCAAGUAGUGUCAAGCCAACCUCCAGUACUACAAAACAAGCAUCAACUAGUGUCAAGGGUGCUCUUGUUAAUACACUUAUAUUCGCAGGUGAGAAACUUCGUCCACAUGUCAAAGCUGGUGAAAAUGUCUCCAAGCUAAAGAGGAAGACAGAUCAUGAUCCUGCACCUGUGCCUACAAAGAAAUCUGUCAGUAGCACUUCUUCCAUUGCUGCCAUGUCUGCCAAGAACGUUUUCUUUCCUUCAUCAGCAAAGAGCAUUCAAUCUCGUAAGGAACAAACAAAUCUACUGAACACACCUCAACGUCCAAGGUAUCUAAGAACAGUGGAGCAACUAAAAAUAAGGCUGGGGAGAUCUAUGAUCAACUGAAAAAUGAUAGGAACAAACUU